AUGAAAAAUCCUGAUAUGGCAUCUGAAACCCUGACAAUAAGAGAAAACGCCGAUGAAGAACCAACUCAGAGUCUCGCGAAGAAACUUGAACUAGUAGGAAAACUACAUGGGUUUCAUCAGACGAGCAAAAAGCAGGUUCGACUACAUAAUAACUCGAAAAAAGUGGCUGACCUUGAUAAAGAAAACUAUUUUUGCCUCUGGAGCGCUGCUUACAUUGGUGCUGGGAACACUGCCUCACAGCGCAUAAGUUUGAAUGUAGACAUGAUCGUAAUGCCUCAGAUAAAUAAUGCUAAACAACAACAAAAGUACAACACCACAACAGUCCUACACCAUUUGAUCGAGACCUUCCACGUGGUAGAAGAUACUGGGUUGGAUGGUCUCCCACCAGGCUCCUUCCAACUCAUCACGCUACAUACAGAAUCACCAUAUGACGCAGCUACACAACUCCAUCACACAAUACUCCCAUCAAGAACACCAGCCUACGAUUUACCACCGGCCACAACGCCAUGCGAUUGUAGGCCAGGCUUCAGUCUUUGA